AUGUCAUUUGCUGAUAGUUUUUGGUCACAAGAUUAUCAACAUGGGUUUCAAAAUUUAUUUAAUCAAUUACACCAGGGCAUUUUAGAAAAUAAUGAUUUUAUAAACUUAUUACAAAAAAGAAUGGAACUGGAAAUAUUAUAUGGUACUUCGUUAGAAAAUAUUUCAAUUGAUUUAAAACCGCUGAAUAAAAGAUAUAAUAAUGACGAUUAUGUAUCAACUAUCAAAAAUUCCUUUUUGAAAUUUAAUGAGAAUUUCAAUAAGCAAGGUUUAAAUCAUUUACAAAUUGGUGAAAAUAUUCAACUUAAUGUAUUGAUGCCUUUUCAAAAAUGGUGUAAAGAACAUGACCAGAGAGUGAACUACUCAGAAUCUAUAAUCAAUGAGAAAUAUAAAGUGUUGAAAACAUUACAAUCAAAUGUCGAAAGAAUUCAAAAGAGAUAUUUUAACAAAUGCAGGAUGUUGGAGGAGUUUAAAUCGCAUUACAGUGAAGAGGAAUUAAAUGAAGAGUUGAAAGACUUAUCAUUCAGUCAAAAAAUAUCCAAUGAAGAAGGAAGUGAAGAUGCUGAAGAAAAUGAAAUUUAUGAAUUUGUUGGUUUAACAUUCACCAAAGAACAAAUGAAAAUAUUGAUUAAAGACAUGUUGGAAACAAUCCCUAGAAUUUCUCAUAAAGUAGCUAUUUUAGGUACUUAUCAUAAUGUAUCAACAGGUAGUUCAAUAACAAAAUGGGUUUUAAAAAAUAUACCAGAAUGUAAAAACAAUUUAGACAAAGCAGAGGAAUUUGGUCAAGAAUUAUUAAAACAAGAAUUUAUAAGAAUAAUUGGAUCAAUGACUAAAUCAUUUAUAAAUUCAUCUCAAUUUUUUUAUCAAUGGAAAUCUAAAUCUUUUGAAUUGGCACAAAUUUCAGAAGAUCAUCAACAGGAAACUAAUUUUAAAAAUUUUCUUAAUUUUGAUGAUGUCAAAGAAGCAAUUGGAGUUUCAUCAGUUGAUUAUAAUGAUAAAUCACAAUUCCAUAAGUUGUUAAAUGAUGUAGAACAAUUGGAUCAACAAUAUUUUAAAUUAGUUUCUGAAUUGGAUAAAUUAAGAUGUGAAUUUGAAGAAUUAGUAAUGGAUCAUUUAACAUUUAUGCAAAAAUGUGAAUUGGAUAGAUUAAAAGCUAUUAAAAAAGUUUCAUUUGAUUUUGUUUCAAGUUUUAAUAAUAAUUUAACAACUAUAAAAUCAAUUAGUCAAGAAUUGAAUUUAUUGGAAGAGACAAUUAAUCCUAUAAAUGAUUUAAAGUUUCUUAUUGAAAAUUAUUCAACUGGUAAAUUUAAACCUCAUGUUACAUUAUAUGAUAAUUAUUAUGAAUCAAAUAUUAAACAAAUUUUUGGUGUUGAUUUAAAUGUUUUAUCAAGAUUAGAUAAGAAAAGUGUACCUAUGAUAAUUCAAUGCAUUUUAAGUCAUUUGGAUUCAGUAUACCCUGAUUUAGUAAAUGAUGAAGAGAGAAUUAACUUAUGGGUGAAACCAAUUCAUUUAUCAAAUGUACAUAAAUUGAGAUUUCAAUUAAAUGAGUUGAAUGAUGCAAAAUCAAUAAAUGAGAUAUUGAAAUUGAAUCACCCGUUAGUCAUUACAAAUGUUCUCAAGUUAUAUUUCAUGGAACUACCUGAUUCAAUCAUACCUAACAAUUAUUAUGAAAUUAUAAAAUCAUUAUAUGUAAACUAUCAAGAUGAUUCAGAUUAUAGAAUUAAUGGAUUACAAAAUGUUUUGAGUGAAUUACCAAAAUGUAAUUUAGCUACUUUAGAUGCAUUAUUAACACAUUUGAAAAGAUUGAUAAAUAUUAUAGGAUCAAAAGAUGAAGAAUUGGCUAAAAAAUUACAAAAUAACUUAAGUAAAGAAUUUAGUUUAUUAAUUUUAAAUCCAAAACAAGAUGCAACUACAAAUCCAGAAACUUAUUCUAAAGAUAAACAUUUGAUAAAUUUAAUGAAUGAUUUAUUUGAAUACAAAGAAACUAUAUUUAAUGAAUUGAGAAGAAAUAGAUCAAAAUUGAAUGGUAGUGGAGUAAGUAGUAGAAAUGUAUCAAGAGACAAUUCAACAAAAAGCACUCAAUCUAAAGCAAAAACAACAACAAAAGAAAAUCCAAGUGAAUCAUUAGCUGCUAAAUCUAAAUCCAGAUUAGAAUCAAGAUUACAAAGAGCAGUUACAAAAGAUAAACCACAACCAUCACCGCCUGCAAAUCAAAGAACGACAUCUUCAAAUUCAAUCACAACGACAUCAUUACCAUCGGAACAGAAAACACCGUCAAGAUCAAGAUCACCAAAUAAAUUCUCAUCAAGAUCCUUGUCACCAACAAAGAAGAACUUAAGUUCAUUACUCAAAGAUGAAUCAUCAUCAGCAAGAAAAGAAUCACCAGUAAGUUAUCGUUCACAAAAAGAUAUCAUAUAUGACACUAAUUCAAAUAAUGAAUUUUCCCCAACUCCUCCACCUAAAUUCAUACCUAGUUUACAUCGAAAAUCAUCAGUUAAAGAUUUAGCAUCACAAUUUGAAUCAAAUUCAAAAGAAGAUUUAACUUUGGAAAAAUCAUCGUCGAAUAAAUCAUAA